AUGUUAAAUUCUCAAAUAUCAUAUAAACCUCGAUCAAAUCGGCAACAACAGCAACGUCGACACCAAAAACAAGCUUCAUCACAUAUCUUAAAUAAUAUUGAUUACUAUAGUAUAUUAUCCGAUAAUGAUUCAAUUCUUGAUAUCGAAAAUGAAUGUUCCAUUGGAGCUGAAGAAAACACCACAUGUACACAAGAUGAUAUUUGUUAUUCUCAUGAUUCAAAUUCAUAUACUAUCACAUACAAACCGGAUGAUGAUGAUUUUUAUUGGAACGAAAAUUUAACUGAUUCGUCUUCAGAUUCAAGCUCACCUUUAUACGAAAAUUCAUAUGUUUCAGUGAAGACUGCUGCUACGACCAUUAUGUCCAUGGCAAUUGAAUUGAAUUUUCCAAAGUCUGCGGUUGAACGUAUAUUAAAAGUUUUCAAAUUAUUUUUACCUACUCCCAAUUUAUUACCAACAACAUACAGUGCUAUCAUCAAAACAAUAGAUGUUAUGCCUAGGUCAUCAUCAAAAUUUUAUUGCAAUUCUUGCUUUGAAUUAUGUGCCAUACGUACUGGAAAAAAUUUUGUGGUAAUGAUCAAUGUAAAUUAUUGA